AUGUAUGACGAUAGAAGGAACAAUUACAAAUAUCCAAGAUCACAACAUAGCAGCUCUUCAUCAAGCUAUGUUUCCAGCACGUUCAAUCAACCAAGUCCUUCAUCUUCUGCAACUUCAACUUCAAGUAGCGUUCGAACGCCCCCUGAUUUGUUAUUGAAUGGAGCAACAUUAGCAAAAGAUUUGACACAUUCAGCAAAGAACGCAGCACUUUUAUCAUCAAAGCAACCGAUACAAUCUGUGCAAAAGUAUAACUCUGCAACAACAGGUUACCAAACUAAACAACAAGACCGUGCAAAAGAGACACGCUAUAUGACUAUUGCACAAAUGCAGGACCGCUUAAAGAUUCUAUCGAAAGUGACUGGAUCGCCAACUGUCAAGCCAGAUAUUCCUUCGCCUCCGUCCAGUGUAGGCUUAAAGGGUAAACAAGUCGCCCGUGAAGCAUCAUUUUCUCCGCAUAGAGCGUCUUUAAGUCAAAAGAGGAAAGCGGAAGAUAGACCGAGUGAAUCAUCACCUGAAGCACAAAGACCAAGACGAAUGUCACGAACGAUGAAUGAGUCAAGCUCAUCAUCUUUGUUGUCAAGCUUUGAGCCUUUAUCGUUGCCUCGGGUGCGAGAAUGGAGUAAAGAACAAUAUAUCGAUACUGCUGCUGCAUACCGUCAUAGAGGAAGAGAAUUGAAACAUAGAGGAGAUAGAAGAUUACGAGAAUCAUCUACGAAUUAUACUUCGCCCAUCAAUGAAGCUUCGAUUGCCGGAUUGGAACAAACGGAUGCAUUGCUGUUCUACGUUUAUGGAUUUUGGUGCGAUGAUCAAGGCAGAGGGACAUGUAUAACGGAAAAUUGGAACAGUUUGUUCGGGUUGUUGAAGUAUGUUUAUCUUCGUCAUGAGAAGAACAAGGCGACUGUUCUUGCAGGCUUGUGUCGAUUGCUGGAAUCAAGCGUUUUACGACACAUUGCCGGACAUGAGAUGAGAAUGUUGACGCAUAGACUUGGCAAAGCAUCCUCAUCGAUUGAUCCGACGUCGAAAGAAGAAAUGGUUGAAUUGUCUGGUUUAAUGCAAAAAGUUGUUGGAGAUCAAGAAAGAUCGAAUCGAUUACAUGCACAAGCACGUCAAAGUGUUUUGAACAUGACUGUUCUUCAACAACAUUGUCCUGCUUUGGCACGGUUUUGUGAAAAGAGUAUGCAAAGCCCGUUAUGGGCAUCAUCCGAUCAAGCACAAUUGGCUACGAGGUUGGAUCCAUGUUCCGAUUCGGCGAGUGAACCUGGCUUGGCAGCCUCAAGCACGAAUGGAUGGUGUUGGCCAAUGGACGUUUCUUCACCCUUCCCGAUGCUUGUUUGUUUUGGUAGAGCGGUUUUACGCGAAGUAGCAAGAGAAGCUCGGGUUGCGUUUGAAACCGAAUCAGUUGCGAUUUGA